CAUGACCUGAUGGUUCUGACAUGUGUGUUGGUAUCCCUAAACUGUCAGCAACAGCAGCAAAUCACAUCCAAUUCCUGAACCUGGAAGGAAGAGCAGUUCAUUGACUGAGAGAGCCUCUGAGACUUGACAGCAGUGUGAAGCUAAUUUCUUUGUGUGUGCGUGUGUGUGUCUGUGUGGUUUGUAAAUGGCUUAUCAUCAGCACCGUUUAACAAGGGGAGAAUACUGAAAGAAAAUGAAACAAUGUGUCGUCUUCUCGACCUUAUCACAAAGUGCUGUUAAGUGUAAAGGAUUUAUUUUGAAGGAAUAGUCUAGUUUAUAUGUACAGAACUCCAGACAACGUAGCAGCUGAAGAAGCUGGUACUCAUUUGCCUGCCAGUGCAGCUUGAACUGGUGCCGUUUUCCAGCAGAUUCUCCGCUGCUUGUCUUGGGAACAUCAUCAGAUGGACUUGGGAUUAAGUGUGCUGAUUACAUGUGGUGGCUGUGGAUAUUGGAAUAAAGACGUGAUCAUCUUUACAGACAUAUCCCGAAAACAUGAGUGAGGAACCAAAGGAAAAGGGUGCGAAACCUGCUCACAAGAAAAAGAAAGGCAAAAAGUCUGACAACAAUGCAAGUUACUUGCGAGCUGCUCGAGCUGGAAACUUGGAAAAAGCCCUUGAAUACCUGAAAAAUGGAGUUGACAUUAACAUUUGUAAUCAGAAUGGGUUGAACGCUCUUCAUCUUGCCUCUAAAGAAGGCCAUGUGGAAGUGGUUUCUGAGCUCAUACAACGAGGAGCUACAGUAGAUGCAGCGACAAAGAAAGGAAAUACUGCACUACACAUAGCUUCACUGGCUGGCCAAACAGAAGUGGUUAAAGUGCUAGUUACGAAUGGUGGAAAUGUAAAUGCACAAUCUCAGAAUGGCUUCACGCCGCUGUAUAUGGCAGCACAGGAAAAUCACCUUCAAGUUGUUAAGUUUCUUCUUGACAAUGGGGCAAGUCAGAGCCUUGCCACAGAGGAUGGAUUUACACCACUGGCAGUAGCUCUGCAGCAGGGCCAUGAUCAGGUGGUUUCUCUACUGCUGGAAAAUGACACAAAAGGAAAAGUUCGUCUUCCAGCCCUACACAUCGCUGCUCGAAAGGACGACACAAAGGCUGCAGCUCUUCUCCUUCAGAGUGAUCACAAUGCUGAUGUUGAGUCCAAGCUGGUGGUGAAUAGAACGACAGAGAGUGGCUUUACCCCACUGCAUAUUGCUGCUCAUUAUGGGAAUAUCAAUGUUGCAACAUUGUUGUUAAAUCGUGGUGCUGCUGUGGAUUUUACAGCAAGGAAUGAUAUAACGCCAUUGCACGUUGCGUCAAAGAGAGGCAAUACAAACAUGGUCAAACUGUUGUUGGACCGCAGAGCAAAAAUUGAUGCCAAAACAAGAGAUGGUCUAACACCUCUUCACUGUGGAGCAAGAAGUGGACAUGAACAAGUUGUGGAAAUGCUGCUUGACCGUGGUGCUCCUAUUCUUUCCAAAACAAAAAAUGGAUUGUCUCCAUUACACAUGGCAACCCAAGGGGAUCACCUCAACUGUGUCCAGCUUUUACUUCAACAUAAUGUGCCUGUUGAUGAUGUCACAAAUGACUAUCUUACUGCCCUACACGUUGCUGCCCACUGUGGUCACUACAAAGUUGCCAAGGUUCUCUUGGAUAAGAAAGCUAAUCCUAAUGCCAAAGCACUGAAUGGUUUCACACCACUCCAUAUAGCCUGUAAGAAGAAUCGUCUCCGAGUGAUGGAACUUCUUCUAAAACACGGAGCAUCCAUUCAAGCUGUAACUGAAUCUGGAUUAACCCCAAUACAUGUUGCUGCCUUUAUGGGACAUGUAAAUAUUGUAACUCAAUUAAUGCACCAUGGAGCCUCACCUAAUACCACAAAUGUGAGAGGAGAAACAGCACUGCACAUGGCUGCUAGGGCCGGCCAAGCAGAUGUUGUUCGACAACUUGUACAGAACGGAGCUCAGGUAGAAGCAAAAGCCAAGGAUAACCAGACACCAUUGCAUAUAGCUGCACGCUUAGGAAAAGCUGAGAUUGUGCAACAGCUACUGAAACAGGGAGCCUCCCCAGAUGCUGCCACAACAUCUGGAUAUACACCACUGCAUCUAGCUGCACGUGAGGGACAUGAAGAUGUUGCCUUGGUUCUUCUAGACCAUGGGGCAUGUCUGUCCACUGUGACAAAGAAAGGUUUUACUCCUCUGCAUGUUGCUGCAAAAUAUGGAAAGAUUGAAGUGGCUAACCUCCUGCUUCAAAAGCAAGCAUCUCCGGAUGCUGCUGUAAAGAGCGGUUUAACUCCACUACAUGUUGCUGCCCACUAUGACAACCAAAAGGUGGCGCUGCUGCUCUUGAACCAAGGAGCUUCACCUCACUCCACAGCAAAGAAUGGCUAUACCCCACUGCACAUAGCAGCCAAGAAGAAUCAGAUGGAAAUUGCAACAACGUUGCUGGAAUAUGGUGCUUCAACAAAUGUAGUCACAAGGCAAGGAAUCACUCCUUUGCAUCUUGCAGCACAGGAAGGACACGUGGAUAUGGUUUCCUUACUUCUGUCUCGACACGCCAGUGUGAAUUACAGUAAUAAGAGUGGAUUGACGCCACUACAUCUGGCAGCACAAGAGGACAAAGUAAAUGUUGCUGAAGUUCUUGUGAAUCAAGGAGCUGUGGUUGAUGCAUCAACAAAGAUGGGAUACACACCAUUACACGUAGCAAGCCAUUAUGGAAAUGUGAAGAUGGUACGCUUUCUUUUGAAACAGAAUGCAAAUGUAAAUGCCAAAACAAAGAAUGGAUACACUCCAUUGCAUCAGGCAGCCCAGCAGGGACAUACACAUAUUAUCAACAUUUUGUUGCAGCAUGGUGCUUCUCCCAAUGAGCUCACAGUGAAUGGUAACACUGCUCUUGCAAUUGCCAAACGCCUCGGCUACAUCUCAGUCGUAGACACGUUGAAAGUGGUAACAGAAGAGAAGAAGACUGUAGUUACCACCACAGAAAAACAUAAAAUGAAUGUACCAGAAACUAUGAACGAAGUCCUUGAUAUGUCAGACGACGAUGUUCAUAAAGACAGUGUUCCUGAAAUUCUCAAUGAAGCAGAGUAUAUUUCAGAUGGUGAAGAAGGUGAAGAUGCAAUGACAGGUGAUACAGAUAAAUACCUUGGACCACAGGAUAUAAGAGAAUUGGGUGAUGAUUCCUUGCCAGCAGAAGGGUAUAUGGGAUUUAAUUUAGGAGCUAGAUCUGCCAGUAGCCCUAAAGUAAGCCUCCGCUCCUUCAGUUCGGAUAGGUCCUACACUCUGAACAGAAGUUCCUACACAAGAGACAGCGUGAUGAUAGAAGAACUGCUAGCACCUUCAAAGGACACACACCUCACAGCUCCCAAGGAGUUUGACUCGGACUCCCUUAAUCGCUAUAGCUGGACAGCAGACACAUUAGACAAUGUCAAUCUUGUUUCUAGCCCUGUCCAUUCUGGUUUUUUAGUUAGCUUCAUGGUGGAUGCUCGAGGUGGUUCAAUGAGAGGAAGCCGCCACAAUGGAAUGCGAAUAGUCAUCCCACCUCGCAAGUGCACAGCUCCCACACGGAUUACAUGUCGUUUGGUAAAGAGGCACAAACUGGCCAGCCCACCACCAAUGGUAGAAGGAGAGGGCUUAGCCAGUAGAUUAGUGGAAGUGGGGCCAGCAGGCGCACAGUUUUUAGGCCCCGUCAUUGUGGAGAUACCACAUUUUGGAUCAAUGCGAGGAAAAGAGAGGGAACUUAUUGUACUUCGGAGUGAAAAUGGGGAACACUGGAAGGAACACCACUAUGACUGUAAACAUGAUGAUCUAAAUGAUAUAUUAAAUGGCAUGGAUGAAGAACUCGAUAGCCCUGAAGAGUUGGAGAAAAAAUGCAUCUGUAGAAUCAUCACAAAGGAUUUCCCACAGUACUUUGCAGUGGUAUCCAGGAUUAAACAAGAGAGUAAUCAGAUUGGUCCUGAAGGAGGGGAGUUACACAGCACCACAGUAAAACGUGUAGAAGCAUCAUUUCCAGAAGGUGCACUAACCAAAAGAAUACGAGUAGGCCUGCAGGCCCAGCCAGUUCCAGAUGAACUUGUUAAAAAGACUCUUGGAAACAAAGCCACUUUUAGUCCUAUAGUUACUGUAGAACCAAGGAGAAGAAAAUUUCAUAAGCCCAUUACAAUGACCAUCCCUGUGCCCCCUCCUUCUGGGGAGGGCAUAUCUAAUGGCUACAGAGGUGAAAUGACACCUAGCUUACGACUGCUGUGCAGUAUUACAGGAGGUACUUCACCAGCCCAAUGGGAGGACAUCACUGGGACAACGCCACUUACGUUUGUGAAUGAUUGUGUUUCCUUCACAACAAAUGUUUCUGCCAGGUUCUGGCUUGCGGAUUGCCACCAAGUCCCGGAAACUGUUGGUCUAGCCACACAACUGUACAGGGAGUUAAUCUGUGUUCCGUACAUGGCUAAGUUUGUUGUCUUUGCCAAACUCAGUGAUCCAAUUGAAGCCAAUCUACGGUGCUUCUGUAUGACGGAUGAUAAAGUGGACAAGACACUAGAACAGCAGGAGAAUUUUGAAGAAGUGGCAAGAAGUAAAGACAUUGAGGUACUGGAAGGAAAGCAAAUCUUUGUGGAUUGCUAUGGAAAUCUAGCACCUCUGGUAAAAGGAGGACAGCUGCUCGUCUUUAACUUCUUCGCAUUUAAGGAAAAUCGAUUACCAUUCUCUGUGAAGGUGAGAGAUGCCAGCCAGGAGCCUUGUGGUCGCCUUUCUUUCUUAAAGGAGCCAAAGACAACAAAAGGUUUACCACAAGCGGCCAUCUGCAAUCUAAACAUCACUCUACCAGUCCAGAAAAAGGAAACAGAAUCAGAUCAAGAUGAUGAGGCUGAGAAAGCAGACAGGCGUCAGAGCUUCGUGUCUUUAGCUUUACGUAAGCGCUACAGCUAUCUCACUGAGCCUGGAAUGAAAACAGCUGAACGGAGUGGAGGAAGUACAAGAACACUGCUGACUACAUAUUCCUACAAGCCAACAUUUCCAACAAGACCAUUCCAUGCCUGGUCAGCAGCUCCAAUUACAGUCCCUGGGCAGGCUAAGUCGAGCUUUACUUCCUUAUCAAGCUCUUCAUCCAAUACACCAACAGCUUCCCCACUAAAAUCAGUAUGGUCUAUUUCUUCUGCAUCUCCAGUUAAGUCAACCCUGGGUGCAUCAACAACAUCUUCAGUGAAAUCUGUUAGUGAUGUGGCUUCACCAAUUAGAACAUUUAGAACUAUUUCAUCACCUAUAAAGACUGUAGUAUCACAGCCUCCAUAUUCUGUUCCAGCAUCUUCACCACUGAUUACUUCACCAAUUAGAACUCCAGUAGUGAGUGAAAGUACAUCACCAAAAGGGUUGGCAACUACAUUUUCUACUAGAACCUCCCCUAUAACUACAGCUGGUUCUCUUCUGGAACGAUCUUCUAUUACUAUGACCCCACCAGCAUCUCCAAAGUCCACUGUUAGCAUGUAUACUUCAGGACUCCCUUUUAAAUCUGUGGUCACACCAACAGCACCAAUUAUGUCUUCUCCCAUAAAGACAUUGGCAGUAUCUUCUCCUAUGAAGUCAAUAAAUGAAGUUGUGUCCUCACCCAAAGUUAUAAUGACUUCAUCUUUGUCACCUUCAAUGAAACAUGUAACUGGUUCUACAGAACAUGUGCUAGUUAAUGGUGCUAUUUCUCAGUUUAAGUAUCCUUCUGCUUCCCAUUUGAUAUCAACAACUACUUCUGUUAUUCAGGAGAAAAUGUCCACAGCUAUAAAUAUGGCUACUUCUGCUUUCAGCAUAGUUACUGAUGAUAUUGGGAGACCGUUGUCUUCUACUCCUGUAAUGUCAUUUCCUUCACUUAAGCCAGUCGUAACACCAUCUACUUUUCAGUCAAUACGUACCCCAACCACAAGCUCAUUGUAUUCUCUGAGAACCUCAGUGUCUGCAACAACAUCAUCUGUGACUUCAUCAACAAUUACAGUGCCAGUGUAUUCUGUUGUUAAUGUUUUGACAGAACCACAUUUGAUUAAAUUACCAGAGAGUACAACAUGGACAAAAACAUCUAGUGCACUUGUAUCCCCAGUUAAAACAUUAACCACAGAUGUGCACACACAGUCUCAGCCAGUGUUAAAUCGAAAUCUAUCCCCUAUCAGAUCUUCACUGUUUCUAGCACCGUCAGCCCUCAAGUUGUCAACAACAUCAUCAUUGUCUUCAAGCCAAGAAAUACUGAAAGAUGUAGCUGAAAUGAAAGAGGACCUUAUGAGGAUGACUGCAAUAUUACAGACGGACACAGCAUCAGCUGACAAAGCUUUCCAAACUGAAGCAGUUAAAGAAGUUAAAAUAGAAGAUGAGGAGCCAUUUAAAAUUGUUGAAAAGGUUAAAGAAGAUUUGGUGAAAGUCAGUGAAAUCUUAAAGAAGGAUGCAGUUCCAGAAAGUAAAGAACAUGAUACUUUGUCCAGAGAAAUUGAAGACAAUACCAUUAAAGAAGACUGGGUUGAGUUCAGUAAAAAUGAAAUUGAAGAAGCUAGGCAGCAAGCAACAACUUGCCACCCCAGUUUUGAAUCAGAAAUGGUAUAUGUAAAAAGCAAAGUCCAGCCUGAAAAGGAUUUUAAUUUGGCAAGAGUAGUUGAUUAUUUAACAAAUGAUAUCUGCUCUAAUUCACUAGGAAAUAUGCGGUACAAAUCUGAUGAUGGAAGAAAGGAAACUGAUGAGAAACAAAAAAGGAUCUUGAAACCAGCCAUAGCUUUGCAAGAACACAAACUUAAAAUGCCUCCACCAUCUAUGAGGUCAUCAGCAUCUGAAAAGGAACUUUGCAAACUGGCAGAUGCAAUGUUUGGCUCAGAUGCAAUUUUAGAGUCUCCAGAUGACUUUUCUCAACAUGACCAGGACAAAAGCCCCUUAUCAGAUAGUGGCUUUGAAACAAGGAGUGAAAAAACUCCCUCUGCCCCUCAAAGUGCAGAGAGUACUGGGCCUAAACCACUCUUCCAUGAUGUUCCAAUACCACCAGUAAUUUCUGAAACAAAAACAGAGGUAGUUCAUGUUAUCCGUAGCUAUGAGCCUUCAUUAGAAGAGAUUCAGGAAUCCAGGUCUGGAGAACAGUUGUCUUCAAAACCCACACAUGCAUUUGCAGAACCAGAGCAAACACCUAUUGGAUCUAUUAAAGACAAAGUAAAAGCUUUUCAAAUUAAGUCAAACUCUGAAGAUGAUGAUUAUAAAUGCAUUUUAAAUAAAGGUGUAUGUGUCAAAGAAGAAACUCACAUUACAACUACAACCAGGAUGGUUUACCACACACCUCCAUGUAAUGAUGUUAGUUCUGAAAGACUAGAAGAAACAAUGUCUGUUCAUGACAUAAUGAAAGCGUUCCAAUCAGGCAGGGAUCCUUCUAAAGAACUGUCUGGUUUGUUUGAGCACAAACCUUCAGCUGCAUCAGACAUUCAUAAGGCUACAGAACCAUCUGUAAGACAUACAGAAAAGGACACUAGAAUAAAGCCAAAGGUAGAGAGAAUUAUAGAAGUACAUUUUGAAAAAGGUAGCAAAGCCGAGCCAACUGAAGUUGUUAUCAGAGAAACAAAAAAACACCCAGAAAAAGAAAUGUAUCUUUAUCAAAAGGACCUUGUUCAGGAAGAAAGUGAUAGAAAAGAAUUUAUGACAGAAAAACAGGAUGUUUUCCAAGUGGUAAUUGAUGAUCUAGGACAACCAGAAGAAGAGGAACUGACAGCUGAAGAAUCACUCCCUUCUUAUCUGGAGUCUUCAAGAGUUAAUACCCCAGUUUCUCAAGAAGAAGAUAGUCGUCCAAGUUCAGCACAGCUCAUGUCUGAUGAUUCCUACAAAACGUUAAAGCUUUUAAGCCAACAUUCAGUAGAAUACCAUGAUGAUGAGGUGUCAGAACAAAGAGGGGAGUCAUACAGGUUUGCUGAAAAAAUGUUACUUUCUGAAAAACUAGAUGCAUCUCACUCUGAUGUGGAUGAAUCCAUAACAGAGCAACUUCAUGUUUCUGGAGUAGAUUUUUCAGGCUCAGAUAACCAGCAUAAACAAAAAAGAAUGUCAACACCAAAGAAGGAGAACUUCUCCAAGACAUUCAGAGAUACUUCUGAAAAUAGUUUAGGAAAAAUGCCCAAAGAUGAGCAAUAUGAUAAGGUAACAGUUUUGCAUUAUACAGCUGAUACUGGUAAUCAAAAACAUGCAAUGUGGAUGCGAUUCACUGAGGACAGAUUAGACCGUGGCAGAGAAAAAUUAAUUUAUGAAGACCGAGUGGACAGAACUGUGAAAGAAGCUGAAGAGAAGUUAACUGAAGUAUCACAGUUUUUUCGUGACAAAACUGAAAAAUUAAAUGAUGAGUUGCAGUCCCCAGAAAAGAAGCCAUAUCAGCGUGAAGGAAGUGAUAUUUGCUCUGUUCGUAGCUCUCCAAGUAGUAGUCCUGAAAAGCUACAGCGUUCUGAGGCUUUGGCAUCGGAAAAUGAAUGGAGUAAAUUAAGACAAUUUGACCAACUUGCUGGAAAGCAUUUUUCAAGUUCUAAUGAGAGAAAAUCAGUGAGCUUGCCCAAUAGUCCUGAGAGAAGAAUAAUCACAAAAGUGGCAGAAGAUCACAAACACAGCUUCCAGCAGAGUGAGAACUUACAGCAGAAAGCAGCAGAUAUCCCACAGUCAUCUUUUCAACUGAAACAAUCAAAACUCAGUUCAAUUAGAUUAAAAUUUGAGCCAAAUGCCCAUGUAAGUACUAAUGAAAUUUUAAAAGAUGAAAAGAAAGAGAGUCAGUCUAAAAUUCCAGUUAAAAAAAUUCAGGAAAGCAAACUUCCAGUCUACCAGUUUUGUGCAGGAGACAUCACUCAGAAAACAACAGAGUACUCCAGUAAAACCACUGAUUUGCAAAAAGAGACCGUUGCAAUCAAAAGUAAGGGAAAGGUGGCACAGGCAAAGGAGACUGCAAAAGAAGAAAAACACAUUCCAGUCCUACAAAACCAAAAUGUAGAUGCAGGCUUACUUGAGCAUGUUUCUGGGUUGGGUAAGGACACAUUAUUUAGUAAAGAAAUAGACUCACCAACUAACAUGCUUAAGGAAAAAAAGAUAUAUAGAACAUGGGAAACCUCUAAUAUUUCUAACCAUAAAAUACAAAAUGAGAAACUAACACACGUACUUGUUCGCGAUUCCAUUAAUGAACCGGUUAGUUCUAAUAAAGAAGCUGACAAACUGAGAGUUCUAACUUCAGUUGCUGAGAAGGGACAUCCAAGUUUAGUUAAUGGUUCUCUUGUUAAAGAAGCAGGUGAAUGUGUAAUACUACCAUCAAGAAAGGUCAUAUAUGCAGAUCUUACAAUUCAGGAAGAUGCUGACUCUGAAACUACUGCAGUAAGAGAGAUGUCUACAAAGAAAAAAGAUACUUUGCCUGUGUCUCACACAUCACAUAUCCCUGUUAGGGUUAAUGAAGAUAGAAUAAAAAUAGCAUCUAAGGCUUCAGAACAUAGCUCUAAUCAGGUCAAAGAGAAAGAAUCGGAAGCAUUACUGAAGUUAUUGAGAACAGAUAUGCACAAAGACAGUAGUUUAUUAAAGGAAACUGAAGAAGCUGUAUGUUCAGACAGCAAUCAAAGACUGAAACAAAAAAAUAACAUAGGUCAAUAUCAUACUCUAGAAGAGUCUAAAAUAGCCUUAAAAAAAACACUGGACUCUCUUGAGCUUAGUCCCAUAAAUGACUGUUCUGCAAAGAAGGUGCUUGACUCUAGCUCUGUUCAAUACUUACAGAAAAUUGAGGCUUUAUCAAAUGUGGAUAGCCUUAAAGAAAUAAAAAAUCUGCCUGUUUAUGUAAGCAUUUUGCAGGUUGGAAAGCAAUGUGAAAAAGAAGUGCAACAAGGAACUUUGAAAAAAAUCAUAAGCCAAGAGACAAGGACAGUACAAGAAACAAGAGGCACAGUUGCUGUUAAACAACAAAAACAGCCACCAUCUCCUCAAGCUAGCCCCGAAGAUGAUACCUUGGAACAAGUUUCUUUCAUAGACAGCUCUGGAAAAAGUCCAAUGACUCCUGAAACACCCAGUUCAGAGGAAAUUAGUUAUGACUGUACUUCUAAAACACCUGAUUCUUUAAUAGCUUAUAUUCCAGGCAAACCAAGCCCUAUCCCUGAGGUUUCUGAAGAGUCUGAAGAAGAGGAAAAUGCCAAAUCAUUAUCAGUUAAAGAAAAGCAAACUGAAGCACUCAGAAAACCUGAUGUUUCUGUGUCCAAUAAAAUGAAAGAAUAUUCUAAGAGGUCAAAAGAUAGCAGGGUUGCGUAUAUUGAAUUUCCCCCGCCUCCACCCUUAGAUGCAGAUCAAACAGAGUGUGACAAGAAGAUCCAGUUGCCAUCUUCUGAUACUGAAGUAGAAAUGAUAGAAGUAAGUCUGCAAGAUGAACAUGACAAACAUCUUUUGGAGGAACCAGUCAUAAGAGUUCAGCCACCUUCUCCUGUUCCACCAGGAGCUGAUUUAAGUGACUCAAGUGAUGAUGAAUCCAUUUUCCAUCCAGCACCAAUAAAAAAAUACACUUUUAAGUUAAAAGAAGAAGAGGAAGAUCAGAAAGCUGCUGUAAAAUUCAGAGCAUCAGAAACAGAUGCUGAUAAGAAGAAAUGUGCUCCUAGUUCUGAAAGACCUGAAGAUCUUGACCUUGUUUUAGAUUCACCACAGAAUAAUGAUGCCCAAAAUGGAAACAAUGACCAGUCUAUCACUGACUGCUCAAUAGCAACUACUGCUGAGUUUUCACAUGACACUGAUGCUACAGAAAUUGAUUCCCUCGAUGGUUAUGAUCUGCAAGAUGAAGAUGAUGGUUUAACUGAAUGUAAUUCAAAAAUUGUAAAUCAGACAACAGAAAGUAACAAAGACAAAUGGGCAGCUGAAGGAAUAAUGAAACAGACUGACCGUUCCUUUAGCCAAAGUAAGCUUGAAGUUAUAGAGGAAGAAGGUAAGCUAGGGGCAGAAGAGGAAACCAAGUCAAAAAUUCAAGCAUCUGAAAAAAAAAUAGACAGUUAUACCGAUCACAAAGCUGGAGCACAGUUCUUCACUUUGGAAGGCAGACAUCCAGACAGGCAAGGAUUCCCGGAUACAUACUUCAGCUAUAAAUUAGAUGAGGAGUUUGCAACCCCAUUUAAGACCGUUGCUACAAAAAGCCUUGACUUUGACCCAUGGUCUAGUAAUAGAGGCGAAGAUGAAGUAUUUGAAACAAAAUUAAAAGAUGAUGAGCCUAAACCUUUUGGCUUAGCAGUAGAGGACAGAUCUCAAGCAACAACACCUGACACUACUCCAGCCAGAACUCCAACAGAUGAGAGUACUCCAACUAGCGAGCCUAACCCCUUCCCGUUUCAUGAAGGGAAGAUGUUUGAGAUGACUCGCAGUGGAGCAAUUGACAUGAGCAAGAGGGAUUUUGUUGAAGAAAGACUCCAAUUUUUCCAGAUUGGUGAGCAUACUUCUGAAGGGAAGUCAGGGGACAAGGGUGAAGGGGAUAAAAAUACAUUUACCACCAUUACUCAAUCACCACUAGGGGAGAAGGUACUAGUAACAAAAGUACAGGCAGAAGCAGAAGUACUUCCAGUUGAGAAUAAGCAUGCAUCGCCUAGUGGAGAGUGUUCAGAAGUGCCAUCUAGUGGUAAUUCAGUAGAAAAAGCAUCUGUAAAUGCUGCUAAGGUUGAUUCGAAGUUACGAACACCUAUUAAAAUGGGUAUUUCUGCUUCCACUAUGACUGUCAAGAAAGAUGCUGGGCUGGGGGAAAUAUUAGACAAUAGGGUUGAUACUGUAAUUUCAGGCUGUCAGGUUAUAGACAAUAAAACAUCAGUUCUUUGCACAGAUAUAAACACAAAUAUAUGCAAUGAAAGCAUUAGAAAGAAUGAAAACAAUUGUCGUCAUAUCGAUAAUUUUAAUAAUAACAACAAUCUAGAUUUAAAUGUCAUUCCAAUGAGUGACAAAAACAAUAUUAUAGUGUUGCAGGCACAGCCAGAACAGAUCAUUGUGGUGCAGAAGGUUACCCGGGUUGAUAAUGUAACAUUGAAAGAAACAGCAACAAAAAAGGGAGUGAAAGAUAACAAAGAAAGAUUAACGGGCCGUCAGAAAUCAUCAGAUUUGGCAGGAGUUAAGUCACAAUCCAGACUUCCAGUAAAGAUGCCUUCAACAAGAGGUAACGUUAUCCAAAGUAGUAUGCCAAAAGCACCAUGUAAAUUAAAACAGCCUUGUAGAGAUGAUAAGGCAAAAAGAACUCAUGCUGUUCAGUGUUCAGAAGCAAAGUCUAGAAUCCCAGUUAAAAAUAUUAGUAGGGCUAAUAUUAUAACACCUGUAACAUCAAGGAGUGUUUCAAAGCAAGGACAGGUGGCGAAAGGAAAUGCUAGGCAGCUUCCAUCCAAGCUACCAGUAAAGGUAAGAUCUAGCUCUAAAUUAACUUCCUCAGUGAAAGUAAGUAAAGAUCAGCUUAGUGAGGUGUGUAAACGAUCUAUUGAAUAUUUUAAGGGGAUUAGUGGUGAAACUUUAAAACUUGUGGAUCGACUAACUGAUGAAGAAAAAAAGAUGCAGUCAGAAAUGUCUGAUGAUGAGGACAGCACAUCAAGAAAUACAUCAUUGUCAGAUGCUGCUCAAGCUGGCCAGCUUUCCAUUUCGUCGAGGUCUACUAGAGAAAUGAGGACAGAGGCAGCGGCUUUAAAAUCAAAGAGUGAAAAGGUCGACAGUGAGAGAAGGAACAAUAAGAGGACUGGUCCUCAAAGCCCGUGUGAAAGGACAGACAUAAGAAUGGCCAUAGUAGCGGAUCAUCUGGGUCUCAGCUGGACUGAGCUUGCAAGAGAACUGAAUUUUACAGUGGAUGAAAUUAAUCAAAUUCGAGUUGAGAAUCCAAAUUCUUUAACCACACAGAGCUUCAUGUUGUUAAAGAAGUGGGUCCACAGAGAUGGGAAGAAUGCUACAACUGAUAUCUUAACUAACAUACUGACCAAAAUAAACCGAAUGGAUAUUGUGACAUUAUUAGAGGGGCCGAUAUUUGAUUAUGGUAACAUUUCGGGCACAAGGAGUUUUGUGGAAGAUGACAGUGUUUUCCAAGAUCAAAGCGAUGGUUAUCCUACAAUACAGAUGGAAGUGGAAACUCCCACAGGGUUGCGUUAUUUGCCUCCCACCCCUCUUCGAAGUGAUGAUUACUUUAGUGAUAUCUCUAGUAUAGAUUCACCCCAUAGAACUCCCAGUAGGCUGAGUGACAUAUUAGCAACUUCCCAGACAGAUGGUGAUUUCAGAACAGAAGAGCCACCGGUGGUAGUUGAAGAGGAUACUUCUUUGGAUGACAGCAAAGUGGCUGGUUCAGUCCAUUUUGAAACAGACCAUGAAUUGUCUACAGGACAGAGUAAGAAAAAUGACAUUGAUACAAAAGAUUUCACAGAACCUGUCAGUGAUAGUAAUGAAAUUGCAGACAUUCUUGCACAAAAAGUACAUGUACACUUUGAAGAUAAAAGUCACUUCAGAGAUGAACAGCCAUUUCCAGUAAUGAAGGCCCACCAGGAGGAAGGACAGUACAAGUCUGGUUUUGAUGAGUGGAAAGCCAAAGAGAUCACUAAAUCUGUAUUUGAAGAUAUUCGAUUGGAAGAUGAAAAUGAGAGGGAGGAGAUGACAGAGGAACAGCUGCAUGUUUUUCAAAACCAGAUUCAGAAUGCCAAACAAGAAAUCUCUUCAUUUUCAGGUUGGCAUGACGAAGCUUCAAGGGUUAAUGUUGAGAAACCAGCAGCAGGCUGUAACCUAAGUGAAGAUGUGUCAGAUUCUCAGGACCACAGCCGAGACCUCAAUAGUGAAUCAAUCACCUCAUACCUCAAGGGACAAAUGAGAAAACUGGAGCUUAAUGGUGAACACACUGACGCAAGAGCAGAAGCAACAACAAGGGCAAAUGUCCCAGAACUUUCAGAUACAACACAUGAUAAGAAUGGUAAGGACUCACUGAAACCAAAGAUGCAGAAAAGUCCGAUCAUCACUAAGGAAGAGACAGGAACAGCUGAAGUCCAUCAUAAAUCCUUGGCGGAGACAAGCAGGCCAGUAUUAGAGGAAUCUGCUUCUACUCUUCCUGCUGGUGAAAAGAAGUUAAGCUGUGACAGAGAGUCUGGAAAGCCAAGACUGUCUACUCGAGAGGCGGAUCGGGAAACAGUAGCCAGUGAACAAAUGACACAGGAAGACUGGGAAACUGAACCCAGCUCAGAUGAGGAACGAGCUGUAACCACAAGAGUUAUCCGCCGACGGGUGAUUCUGAAGGGUGAGGAAGCCAAAAACAUUCCUAGUGAGUCUGUAACAGAAGAGAAGUUCGUUGAUGAAGAAGGCAAUGUUAUCACAAGAAAAGUGUUUCGUAAAGUAAUAAGACGAGUGGUCCCUGGAGAGGACAGAGGCCAUAUGCAAGAGAUAAAAGAGAAAGAUGGAGAAAAACAGGGUGAAGCAGUCAGGAGUGUGAAAGUAAAGAAAGACACCAGACCUGUUGAAAAGAAGAACCAUUCAUAACAGCAUAACACAAAAAGGUGCAUAUUUGCGUCUGUUUACUGCCGUAUUUCAAAUGGACAGAACUGGAAAUGAGAAGAUUUAGGAUUUCUGCUAAAAGUGUGCAUUUCCUGCUUCCACACAUAAUCGCAUGUUUUUUUCUUCUUCUUCCUCUUCCUCUUCUUCUUUUCCUAAUGCAGGAGAAUAUUUUAAUUUAGCAUGGGCUAAUUUUCUGAGCAUGGAAACAUGUUUUUCAUUGUUAUAGUCAGGAGGAUGGCAGAAAGUCUUUUAAUGUAUUAUUUAACACUGCAAACAGUCAGUGGACAUGUGCGGAACCUGUCAUCACAAAAAAUAAUGCAUUUCCUGUGAUUAGAAAAGGUGAGAAACAUGGGAAGAGGAGAUUGAUGGAGCCACGCUAGAACAGCUAAUUAAACAGCAGCUCGCCUUACUUUUUUGGACCUGUAUUAUCAGGAUAUUAAACCCUUUGCUUCUUUGUAUCUAAAAUCAUAUUUUUUUCUGUAUAUAAAAACAGUGUAUAAAUUCUCUAUGAAAUGGCCUAAGUAUUGUGAGGGCACUGCCUGUUAGAUUGCUAACAGAACACAAUAAAGUGCACUGGAAGAUAAUUCUCUACAUUUAAAAA